AUGCAAGUGAUUUAUGAUGGCGAGUUUAACCUCGCUUUAUUGGUUGGGUGUUUGUUGGUCGUCAGGAUGAAGCAGUGCCUGAAAAUAGUGUCCAGUCGUGUUAUUUUAGUGCCUUACGAGGAAAACCAUGUCCCAAAAUAUCACGAGUGGAUGAAGAGCCCAGAACUUCAGGAAGCAACAAGCAGUUCUCCUUUGUCUCUCGAAGAAGAAUACCAAAUGCAGAAGUCCUGGAGGGAUGAUUCAGAUAAAUACACCUUUAUUGUUUUGGAUAAGAAUCUGUACCGGGAAACCGCAGAUGAGGUAAAAUCUAUGGUCGGAGAUGUAAAUGUAUUUCUCCUGCCAAAUGAGGAUGAGACUAGCGUCCCGACAGGAGAAAUAACAAUAAUGAUAGCAGAACCUACCGCCCGUCGGAAGGGUUUUGGCCUAGAAACAACGCUCCUGAUGAUGAACUACUGCAUUCGUAGUUUACAGAUCAGGAAGUUUGUUGCCAUCAUUGGCGAGAAAAACUCUACGAGUGUUAAACUUUUUGAGAAACUCCACUUCCGGGAAGUCGAGAAAACGUAUUUCGGCGAAUUGAAGUACGAAAAAACGGUGGAACAGAGAGAAUGGGAGCAAUUGAUUAAGUCUUAUGGAUUAGCUUAUGAGGAGAGUUCCUAUGAAAGACGGAGAAAUGAUGCGUGA